GUGCAUGCCGGGAAUCGUAGUUUCCGGGAGGACCGGCCGCCCGCCCCCGACCGAGCUCGGGCCGCACACGGAUGGCGGCUGCGACGGGCGGCCGCCGGCCGUGGGGCUCGUUCCUCGGGCUCCUCGGGCUGGUCUCGGCCUCGGUCGGGGCCGCCUCCUGGAACGUGGCUUCGCUGCGCUGCAGCUUCGGCGCCUUCUGCGAAUGUGACUUCCGGCCCGACCUGCCGGGUCUGGAGUGUGACCUGGCGCAGCACCUGGCCGGCCAGCCCUUGGCCAGGGCGCUGGUGGGGAAGGCGCUGCGGGCCUUCGUGCAGGACCCGGCGCCCGCCAAGCCGCUGGUCCUCUCCCUGCACGGCGGCUCGGGCACCGGCAAGUCCCUGGUCAGUACCCUGCUGGCACGCUACCUCUUCCGGGGGGGCCUGCACAGCCCCCACGUGCACCACUUCUCCCCUCGCAUCCACUUCCCCCACCCCAGCCAUAUGGACCGCUACAAGAAGGAUCUUAAGAACUGGGUUCAAGGGAACCUCACUGCCUGCGGCCGCUCCCUCUUCCUGUUCGAUGAGAUGGACGAGCUGGCCCCGGGCCUGAUGGAGGUCUUGAGACCCUUCCUGGGACCCUCGUGGGUUGUGUACGGGACCAACUAUCGCAAAGCCAUCUUCAUCUUCAUCAGCAAUGCUGGCAGUGAGCAGAUCAACCAGGUGGUUCUGGAGGCAUGGCGCAACCGCCGGGACCGCGAGGAGAUCCGCCUGCAAGAGCUGGCGCCCCUCAUCUCUCAGGCCGUGCUGGACAACCCCCACCACGGCUUCUGGCGCUCCGGCAUCCUGGAGGAGCAGCUCCUGGACACGCUGGUGCCCUUCCUGCCACUCCAGAGGCACCACGUGCGCCACUGCGUGUUCAACGAGCUGGACCAGCUGGGCCUGGAGCCGAGAGAGGACGUGGUCCAGGCCGUGCUGGACAGCACCACCUUCUUCCCUGAGGAAGAACAGCUCUUUGCCUCCAAUGGCUGCAAACUGGUAGCCUCCCGCCUCACCUUCUUCCUCUGACGUGCCAGGGCCCCCUCCUCCCCAGGCCAGGCCACUCUGGGGCCUCUUGGAG